GUGAGGGAGCAGCUGUAUGACGUGCAGGAGGUUGCAACCACAUAUGGAGCUUUCGCGGUGCUUCGGCGUGAUGGGAGCGUGGUCACGUGGGGCUUGCCUGAGAUCGGCGGCGACUGCACUUCAUGCAAGCCGGAGCUGAAGAAUAUCCGUGCAAUCAGGGCGUCUCGGGGUGCCUUUGCAGCGAUUCGUGAGGAUGGUGCUGUGGUUACUUGGGGAGAUCCGUUUCGUGGCGCUGACAUAUCCAGGGUUCAGGCCCGCUUAACAGGAGUUCGUGAGGUGCGAGCAGCGGCGCGGUCCUUCGCUGCCUUGCGAGAGGAUGGGACCGUUGUGACUUGGGGUGAUGCGAAGCACGGAGGAAACAGCGCUGAUGUCCAGCACCGAUUAGAGCAGGUCUUGGACAUUACCGCCUCCGCCGGAGCCUUUGCUGCAAGACGACAUGAUGGGACCGUGGUCACGUGGGGUGAGGCGAAAUUCAGUGGAGACAGCAGUGCUGUUCAAGCGCGACUCUUGCAAGUUCGCAAGAUCUAUGCGACACCACACGCCUUCACAGCAAUCAAAGAAGACGGAACCGUGGUCACGUGGGGAGAACCAGAAUAUGGUGGUGAUUGCACUUCAGUACAGGACCAACUCAAAGACGUCUGUGAGGUUUGUGCCACGGCUGGUGCCUUUGCAGGCCUCCGUGCAGAUGGUACCGUCGUGACCUGGGGCAAUUCAUCAUAUGGUGGUGACAGCGCGGCAGUGCAGGAGCUUCUGGUGCAAGUCCAGACUCUCACUGCUUCAGCUCGGGCCAUCGCCGCUCGCCGCGCAGAUGGCCGCGUGGUGACCUGGGGUUGCGCAGAGAGUGGCGGCGACAGUCGUGAGGUUCAGGACGAGCUGCUUCAGGUGGAGGAGGUGUUUGCCAAUCA